AUGUGUAUCCAUUUCUCUUCGAACGUCCUCAACGAGCGGUGGGUGCAGAAUGAAGAGCUUUUUUAUACCCCUCACUAUUCUACUUGUUUUCAACCAUUGCCAAUGCUCAAAAUUGUCAUUGAUGUCAGACGCCACUAUGCAGCGAUAUUUCAGAGAGCUACGGGAAAAGAACGUGGCACCGACAAUCGACAAAGUUGUUGAUCGCUUUGAUGACGCUACGCCCGGAGUUAUACAGUCGAUGAAAGCUUUACUGGAUCAUCUAGGGCUAUUCUGGAGGUUCUUUCGGAAAUUUCGGUAUGCUCGUAUAAUAAUAAAAUUUGGAAGCCUCUAGGAAGCAGUUUCAGGCCUUAAAUUACCAUUUAUUUUUUUCCCGAGCUAUGAUCUCUUUUGUCUAAAAGAAUAUGCAGAAAAAUUUUAUUUUAAAUUUGCAGUAUAAAAUGACGAUGACAAUUCAGAGCUCAUCUCGUUUGCUAAAAUUUUAAUUUUGAAUGGGUCUUUGUUACACCCUCAAGCUAUGACAGUUAUGAUAAUAUCUUCAUGGCCCUAUUGUAUUUUUAAUUGGCUGGAAUAUAAAGAAGCACUUAUUUUUCUCCCUUUCAUUUUGUCGUGGAUACAGUAGGUCUUCACAGAAAUGUGCUACUUCAAAAUCAAACUUUAUUUAUUACUGUUUACAGCUUUUAUUUUCUACAACCUUUGCCUAUGUUAUAACAUCUCGAAAAUGUCGGACGCAACUAUGCGGAGAUAUUUUAGAGAACUCCGGCAAAAGAAGGCGUCGCCCACGAUUGACGAAAUUGUUGGGGGUUUUGAAGAUGUGUCGCCUGAGGCCAAAGCGACGAUGAAAAUUUUACUGGGCUUUUAUGUGCGUGAGAACUUACCGCUGAAUCAGCAAAGACCAUUCAGGAAGUUUAUUCGAUAUGUUGCAAAGUAAGAUUUUUUUGGAAUAUAGGGAUGCACAUAGUGUAUCUUUAAUGAUAGUAGGUCGACCGGUAUGUCUUUAGAUUCAACAAAAGCUACAAGGAUGAAGCUACGGCAAAGAGACGGUUCCAAAAUUACUUGAAGAACCUCGAGAAGAUUCGGAAAAACAGACGUCACAGCCGGAUGUAUGGACUCACUCAAUUCUCGGAUCUCUCCGAAGAAGAGUUCAGGAGAGGAUAUGGUGGACUGAUUCUCGAUGAUAUGACCAAAAAUCUGACAAGGACUAUAAAUGACUCGGCACAUUUGCGAGGAGGAAUAGGUGAGCGUAAGGUGAUUAUAUUAGUCCGCUUGCAAAGAGUUGAUUUCUCACACUGCAUCGCCAAAAUCACUCCAGCGACUUUGUCAACCGAAUAGUAGACUGUACUCUUCCCGCUUCAGAGAACGGCACUAUAAUAACUAUCCCAACACACUAUGAUAUCCGCGCAUUAAAAUGCACCCCACCAAUCAAGGAUCAAGGCGGUUGUGGCGCCUGCUGGGCCUUCUCUUCUCUGGCCGUCACCGAAAUCAAUCAUUGCCUCAAGACCGGCCAAACCUACGACCUCAGCGAACAAGAGAUGAUUUCGUGCACGGUAACGAACGCCACAUCGCCGUAUGUCUCCCAUCAAUGCAAUGGUGGAUCGCCGUAUCCGGCAUUGGAUUAUAUCUAUCAAAACGGAGUCACCACCGCCGAUAUUUUUCCAUAUGUCGGGAAUGACAAUCUAAAUAAUCCAGCGCCCUGUCAUCAAGAUGGAUAUCGGUUUCGCAUGGUAAAUAAGCCGCACGGAUCGAAGAAUGUGAUUCCGGAGAAGGUGUUGCCGGCGUAUGUCUAUCAGAAUGGCGCGUAUAGCGUGGGUAAGCGACUUGAGCUGUGACCGAAAACUGCAGUGGGGGACCUGAUCCAGUGGCAAGAAACGUACCAUUUUGCAUCCAGGAAUUAUCAAAAAAUGUGGCAAAAUACCUCCUUCAAGUGAAAAACUCAUAUUUCAAAAGCGCGCCCGUUUUUUCUGUGAGGAAAAGAGGCGCCCCCUUCAAAACGGUUUUUUUACAGAGAAAAAACUCCGAUUUCAAAAGCCCGCUCUUUUUGUGAAAGGAACCCUUCAAAACAAAGUUUUUUUUCAGUUGGAGAUGGAAGUUUUUUGCCACAUUUUUGAUGCUUCCCAGAUGCAAAAUGGUACGUUUUUUUCCACUGGAUCGGGUCCCAAACUGUACGCUUUCAGCAAUCUGCCAAGACCUGCUGCAGAACCUCAAGUAUCAAGGUGGAAUAAUAAUGGAAUCGCACAUCAUCCCCAGUGACAAAUGCAGCCAGGGGCAGCUCGAUCAUGCCGUCACGGUUGUCGGAUAUGGUCAUGAAAAUGGCGUAAAUUACUGGAUCAUCCUAAACUCAUGGGGCCCGGAUUGGGGAGAGGCUGGGUACUUCCGGCUACAACGAGAAAAGGGCUUACUCAACUUCAAAGUUUUUGACUAUACUUAUUGA